AUGGUUCGAGUGGCAGAAGUAUGGAUGGAUGAAUGGAAAUUUCUAUUCUAUAAGUUAGCACCACAAUCAGCAAAACUUCGGAAUAAAGUAGAUAUGAGUGAGCGAAUGGAACUACGCCGUAGAUUGCAAUGUAAGAGCUUCAGAUGGUACCUUGAGAACGUCUUCACUGAUCAUCACUUUCCAAUGGAUGGUGAUUUCUUUGGAAGGAUAUUCUUUCCAAGUGAGAUAACCAUCGGGUAUAAGCCCUAUUGUAUGGUAAGCCGUCCUGGAGAACCGGGUACUAAAACACAUCGCCUAACUAUGCCGCCCUGCACGUUAGGAUUCGAUCAUUGGCAGUUCUGGAUCUACACAACGGAUGGAAGGUUGAAAUCGGAUGAGCAUAUGUGUCUCUCAGCUACACAAAUUAUUCAUACCAGCAGCGAGUGGACUGUACAGUUGAAGGAAUGCGCUGGUUACGAUAUCGAACACUGGGAUUAUAAUCGACGGCUAAGAACCUUUAAACAUCGUAAAAGCGGAUUAUGCCUUACUCAGAGAGGUGUUGAGAUGGAAACACAGGAUGAGCUAUCGCCGCCAACCCUCUCUGACUGCGGACGUAGGAUAGAAGAACAAGUAGGACUUUAUCUCUUGCUCUCAAUUCUUUUAUAG